ACUUCCCCUCUGGCGUGAGAUGAUUUAUAGCACUGCCGCUUCCUCACUGGUGUAUAUCGAUCGUCAGUGUCCAUUCGGUCCUUUGCAUUAACUAAUCCACCGCCAUGGAUGAGCUUCUUCCCGACCAAGUUAGCAUGCUCAAGAAGGCGUUUGAUGCCUUUGACAGAGAAAAGAAGGGCUUUAUCAGUACUGACAUGAUUGGUACCAUUCUCGAGAUGCUCGGCAUCCAGAUUUCCGACGAAGACGUUGAGGAAAUCGUCGUGGAAAUGGACUCGGAAGGAACGGGCAAUUUGGAUUUUGAGAGCUUUUGCGUUUUGUCCGCGCGCUUCCUGGUAGAGGAGGACACUGAGAAGAUGCAACAAGAGUUGCGUGAAGCUUUCAGGUUGUACGACAGGGAGGGCAACGGCUACAUCACGACGGACACGCUCAAGGAAAUCUUCCGCGAGCUCGACAACACCAUCACUGAAGAGGAUUUGGACGAGAUGAUUGAGGAAAUCGACUCUGACGGCUCGGGAACUGUGGACUUUGAGGAGUUCAUGGGAGUCAUGACGGGAGAGUAAUAAUAAGAGCACUAUUGCAACUUGUUCAAAUAAUUUUAUUUUUUAUUUGAUGAUUGUGUGUAUAUUUUGAAUAAAAAUAUUUAUUUUCCAUGCAAG